AUGAAGCUUUCGAACAUACUACCGACAACCUUGCUAUGCUUGCUCGACGCGAUUCUCGUAUCUGCGCAACCUAGGCGCGAACUACCACUCGACGUUGUUGUGCCGGGGACAGCGUUGAAUGGCCAGGCAUUCGUUAUUCCUACAGCAGGAUCGCUGGUUCUCUCGGUCGCAGUAUGUUCAGAAAACUCCAACCUACGGUUCAUCGUCUCGAAUUCCAGCUCGACAAGCAAUCCAAACUCGGACGGGGGUGCAUUGGUGAACCUUGUUAAUGGGGUUGGAACAUAUGUCAGUGGUUAUCCAAACGGAGGGGUGCUUCAGAUAGAAGGAAGCGGUUCUUUCGAAGUUGCCCUAUCGGACACUGGCCAGCCAAUUCAUGCCCAUUUCCCACCGCUUCCGUUGCUGGGUGACACGACUUCGAAUCAGGCAAUCCUAUUCUCUCCACCAUUCUUUGUUCCGGAACCCAUUCAGCCAAGAUACCCCAAUUACACCAUGCUUCCGGUCGACAUACCCCAAGACUCGCCACCCCAAACUCCCGACUACACCUUAUCACUAUUUCCUACAAGAGAGGACGACUACCCACGUUCAAGCUGCUUUCUAUCCGCAGAAUCCCAACUGGAAUCCGGAACUAUAACUUCUGAAGAGACCCCAUGGCUCCGAGACGAGGACGGGUGGCGACUUCAAUAUCUCAUUCGCGGCCUCGAACCUUCAACCAAUUACACGGCCUACGUCCUUGACGACACAAGGGUGUUUGGACCGAUAUAUUUCACGACCAAAUCAGCGGCCUUCCCCUGCCAUUUGGUAUCCAACUUGCCGUAUUGCCCGCGGGUAGCCUAUGCUAUGCCUUUAGCUCCACCGCCCGACGGUGCCGACACGUACACAGGCGACACCCUUCCACAAGAACUUCAAGACCCACUCAAAUCCUAUCUCACAAACUUUACCAUCAGCCUCGGACGCUUCGCCUGUGGGAGAGACUUGUAUUCUCCCCUCGUGGACUGUAUCGACUGCCAGCGCGAGUACAGAAAGUGGCUUUGUGCCAUUUCUCUACCCCGAUGUUCCGAACCAAGCCCUUCGAAUCCCAACGCCUUCACCGCACUGGCUCCGGACCCCACGGCAACCGGAUUAAGCGCGACGAAGAACGAGCAACAGCAGGUCCUUUCUGCGCUUGUACCGCUCCAGACUUCCACACCACCCCGAAACUCGAAUCUUCCACCAUUCGAUAGCCCCUAUCAAAUGCUGCUUCCAUGUCUUGAAACAUGCACAGCCGUUGAUCGAGCUUGCCCACCGUUUUUGGGCUUCAAAUGUCCUACAUCACAGUUCAACGGGGCCGCAAGCUACGGUAUUGGGUACAUCGAUGGAAAGGAAGGCGACGAGAAGGAGGGUUUGACAGGACAGGCGCAGGAUAGGUAUGGGAAUGUGUGGUGUGCUUUGGGUUGA